UAUAAAUACCCAAUUAAACUAUUCCCUCUUUUCCACAUCGCACAACAUUAUUCUUUCGCACCUUGCAGAAUCAAUUUUCUCUCUCAAUCGUCUUUCAUGGCUCGUACCAAGCAAACCGCUCGCAAAUCCACCGGUGGGAAGGCUCCUAGGAAGCAACUCGCCACCAAGGCUGCAAGAAAAUCUGCACCUACCACCGGUGGAGUCAAGAAGCCUCAUCGCUAUCGUCCUGGAACUGUUGCUCUUCGUGAGAUCCGAAAAUACCAAAAGAGCACAGAGCUUCUGAUCCGCAAGCUCCCCUUUCAGCGUCUUGUUCGUGAAAUCGCGCAAGACUUCAAGACUGAUUUGAGGUUCCAGAGUCACGCGGUUCUUGCGCUUCAGGAAGCUGCGGAGGCUUACUUGGUGGGUUUGUUUGAAGACACCAACCUUUGUGCGAUCCACGCCAAGAGAGUGACCAUCAUGCCCAAGGACAUUCAACUCGCACGCCGCAUCCGUGGAGAACGUGCUUAGGCUUAUAAUAAUGAUAAUAGCAUAGUUGUCGCCUUUUCGUUUUGCAAUACAUUUCUUGUUUCUUAGGGUUUUAGUGUUAUUUUCCAGUUUGUUAUGUUUUGUAUAGAAGAUAGAUAUAUCAACAGCAACAGCUUCUUACCAUUUGUAGUGUGCCUAAACGGAAAUAUUUGAAUAAUUAGAUUCACUUUGGCCAAUUCUCUUGUGGAUUUAAUCAAUAUUACUUUUCAAGUUUUUGCCA